UCACUCAUCAUAAAUACUAAAUGCAUUGCAGUGUUGGUACCAUACACACUUCAUUUUCAUUCUUCUUCUAGUUACACCACCCCUAAUUAAUUAAGUGCUUCUAUAAAUCAUAAUCAUCAUGUAUGCACACUCUAAUUCCAACAAUAUUCCAUUCUCAACACCCUUUCUUCUUCACUCUUCUUCUCCAUUUAUGGAACAAAACAACUCCAUCCCUGAUUUCACUGAGUUAGACUCAUUCCAAGACACUCUCUCCCAACUGAAUAACUCUGAGUUGAGCAGUGGCUAUAGCAGCUAUGGUGGAUCACCUUCACCAAGUACUCCAAUCUUGAUGCAAAGGAGCAUUAGCAGUCAUUCCCUUCAGUACAAUAAUGGGACUCACCAUUAUCCCCUCUCUGCUUUUUUUGCUGACUUGCUCGACUCAGACGAUGCUCCGGUGAGGAAAGUUUGCAGUACCGGCGAUUUGCAGAGGAUUAACGGAAUGCAACAUAAUCAUCAUCAUCACGUGGAUAGUCCAUUGUCUAGUGAAAGUAGUAUGAUCAUAGAAGGUAUGAGCAGAGUUUGUCCAUAUAGCCCAGAAGAAAAGAAAGUGAGAAUUGAAAGAUACAGAAUAAAGAGGAAUCAGAGGAACUUUAACAAGAAAAUUAAGUAUGUUUGCCGAAAGACAUUGGCAGAUAGGAGGCCACGAAUCAGAGGACGGUUUGCGAGGAAUGAUGAAAUUGAUAAGAAACCUAUAGUUGAGUGGAGCCACAUUGGUGGUGGGGAGGAAGAGGAUGAAGAAGAUGAAAAAUGGAAUAAUAUCUUUAAUUCCAUAGUUGCUGCAAAUCUUGUUCAUGAUGAGUUUCAAGGAAGUUCCUCAUUUGGUCUAUUAUAUUAGAAUACUUACAAGUUUAUUAAAUUUAGCUAGUUUAUUUUUUUUUUUGUAUUUUCAAAGUAUUAUUGUAUGUGGUGCUCUUUUAGUUUAGAUCAAACAAACUAAGUACUCAUGUAAAUAUUUUUUAUAUUUAUUUGAGUCAUGUCCAUAUAUGCAGUUUUUAGAGUUCAGUCAGGGGUGAUGUUUUUUAGUGCCCUAUAUCUUUUUAUAGGACUUAGCAUCCAUGUAUAUCAUGUAUUAUUGAAUCAAACUUUGGUAAUAACUCUA